UCCCUUUUUACCGCCAUCGCGGGGUAACAAUGUGGUUGGGCAGAGUCGUCUUAGCAGCCGUUGUAGAAGAACGUAAAUAAAACCUGCUCUUCCGGAUAAGCUUUAUUAUUAUUAGUUCUAAUAUUAUUCUCCAGUCAUGUCUGGUCGUGGCAAAGGUGGUAAGGUGAAGGGCAAGUCAAAGUCCCGAUCCAGUCGAGCUGGCCUUCAGUUCCCCGUUGGAAGAAUUCACAGGUUGCUUCGCAAAGGAAACUAUGCUGAGAGAGUCGGAGCUGGAGCUCCAGUUUAUCUGGCUGCUGUGAUGGAGUACCUUGCUGCGGAAGUGCUGGAACUUGCUGGUAAUGCUGCUAGGGACAACAAAAAAACUCGUAUUAUCCCAAGGCAUCUUCAGUUGGCCAUUCGCAAUGAUGAAGAGCUGAACAAGCUUCUCUCUGGAGUUACAAUUGCUCAGGGUGGCGUCCUGCCAAACAUUCAAGCAGUAUUGUUGCCCAAGAAGACCGAGAGUGCCGGUGCCAAGGGUAGCAAGCUCAAGAGUCAGUCACAAGAAUAUUAAGAAAAGUUACAAGAAAAUGUGACCUUUGUUCCUAAGCAGUCUUAAGGGUUACUACAUUUGAAGUAAGGAAUGUUAGGGUGUUGAGAGAUCCUGAGCCUAUUUUAGUUUGUGCCUUGUUUAGGUUUUAUAUCAAAAGGUUUUUUUCUCAGUACAACAUUUUAGUUUAAGGUUAUUGCAUCAAUGCAAAGAAGGUUGCUUUUUGUAUUAAAUGAAUGAGGAAUGAAA